CACUUCCAUUCCACGCCUGAUAAAAUAAAAAUAAAUCACCAAUGUCUCCUACGACAUGACCACUAUCCACGGCCAAACCAGACGCAAGACAACACAUUCUUUUGCAUCUCGUCGCCUCAUCUUUCAGCUUGGUGCCAAAGUUAGAGGAGCCUUUCAGAGCAGAGACAAAGUUGACACAGGAGCAUUUCAAGGGAUAGAUUUCAGAAGAAAUCUGCAGAGCCGGCUCCGAUGCAUGGCAAGGAGAUCACACUGGCUUAGGAAUCAAAUCGGCGCCAGGAAAGUGCUGAACUGAACCGAAAGGGACGCGACGGUGACGGUGAAGGCGGGAAGCUAAGAAGCGAGCCGAGAACCGCCAUGGACAGCGGCAGCUCGUUGGUCUCGGUGUCCGACGAGAGCUCGGAGGCGGCGGCGGGGGAGCACGGCGGGUGCUGCUCGUCGUCGACGCGGAGCCUCGUCGAUGCCGCGGGCAACCUCAGCCGCACCGUCUCCGACGUGUCAACGUCCUUCUCAGAGCAGUGCAGCAGCGUUGACCACAGCGGCCCGUUCGAGCCGGCUGCCGCCGUGGCCAAGCUGAUCGGCCGGUCCCCGGCGUCCGCCGCCGCGUCGCUCAGCCGGCUCAGCAUGAAGCCCCGCGCAGACGUGCUCGACCGGCGCUCCACCGACGACGAGCUGGAGCUGGUGAAGGAGAGGUUCUCGAAGCUCCUGCUCGGCGAGGACAUGUCCGGCGGCGGCAAGGGCGUCUGCACCGCCGUGGCCAUCUCCAAUGCCAUCACUAACCUCUACGCGACAGUGUUCGGGAGCUGCCACAAGCUGGAGCCGCUGCCGGCGGGGAAGAAGUCGAUGUGGAUGAGAGAGAUGGACUGCCUCCUCUCCGUCUGCGACUACAUCGUCGAGUUCUACCCUUCCACGCAGGCGCUGCCCGACGGAACCAAAGUUGAGGUCAUGGCGACCAGGCCAAGGUCGGACAUUUACAUCAACCUACCUGCGCUCGAGAAGCUCGACGCCAUGCUCAUUGACAUACUGGACAGCUUCCAGAAGGCGGAGUUCUGGUACGCGGACGCCGGGACGAGGUCGUUCGGCUCGGUCACCUCGUCGUCGUCCACGAUGUCGUCGUCAUUCCGGAAGUCGACUCUCAGGAACGAAGAAAAGUGGUGGCUGCCAGUCCCCUGCGUCCUGGACACCGGCCUCUCAGAGAAGGCGCGCAAGGACCUUCAGCAGAAGCGCGACUGCGCCAACCAGAUCCACAAGGCCGCCGUCUCCAUUAACAGCGGCGUCCUCAGCGACAUGGAGGUGCCCGAGUCCUUCAUGGCCGUCCUCCCAAAGAGUGGGAGGGCAAGCGUGGGGGACUCGGUGUACCGCGCCAUGCUGGGCGCGGACAAGUUCUCGCCGGACUACCUGCUCGACACGCUCGACAUCUCCUCGGAGCACGACGCGCUGGCGAUGGCCGACCGGGUGGAGGCGGCCAUGUACGUGUGGCGGCGCAAGGCGAGUGCGAGCCACAGCAAGGCCCCGUGGAGCAAGAUCAAGGAGCUUGCGGCGGACGACGACGACAAGAACGUGGCGCUGGCGAGCCGGGCCGAGAGCCUCCUUCUCUGCCUCAAGCACCGGUUCCCCGGCUUGUCGCAGACCACCCUGGACACCAGCAAGAUCCAGUAUAACAAGGAUGUUGGGCAAGCAAUCCUGGAGAGCUACUCAAGGGUGUUGGAGAGCUUGGCGUUCAACAUCGUUUCAUGGAUCGACGACGUUAUUUUCGUCGAUAAGUCGAUUAGGAAACAAUGAGUGACAACCUGAAGUCCUGAACUGUUCUUCAGUCUGGACUGAAGCUUCCCAGCAAAGGGUUUUAGAUCACUCUGUUGGUGAAGUUGCAAGAGUAAAAUAACAGUACAGGUAGUACGGUGAUUUUGCUGACCUAGAGGAAUUGUAAGCUGUAGCUUGCAAGAAUGCAGGGUAAUGUCUGACCAACAGUGGCUGUAUGUAUGAAGUACUUUUUUGGUGUGUUUUCCUCUCCUUUCAUUUUGUACUCUUACUAGCUUACCAGAGCACAGUAGCAUUGGUGAAAGGGAUUAGAAUGUGUGGUAGCUAGGACCGACUAAAAACUUGUAAUAUAUUAUCGACAAAUGAUCUGAUCUUGCAUGUUCAAA